UACAAUUUCAUCAACAAUCUACUAGCUACACCUAUCAACUCGAAACUGAAAAACAUAACUAAGGAAAUUCUGUAUCACUCGAUCACUCCUCCUCUCUAACCUAAUCACCCAAUUACUUUCUCCUCCAGAUUUGAAUUCUUCUUAUUUAAUCCAAAGUUGCAGGCUUUGAUGGCAACUGUCAAGGCACUUCAAGUUUGAAUCUUUUUUGUUUUUCCCCUAAGAAUAAUUAUGAGGUCUAAUAUGACUGGAAUAGGUUUCUAUAAUUCUGAACCACAAAACAACUACCGCAGUUUUGGGCGUGGGGCUCCUAAACCUUCUCCACAAUGGCGCCAUCAUUCAUCUCCACAGAUGCCUCGCAAAGGCGAUCUUUUCAUGGAGGCAGGUAAAUUAGCUGUUGAGUAUUUAGUUUCGCGUGGAUUAUUGUCGUCAAAUGUGCUGCCUGGUAAAUAUCAGAAUGGCAGUUUGAGAAACAAUGUCGACGAAUCUUAUGAUCUUCGUAGUUCACAAGAUAAGGAUAGUAGUAGUAGGUCUUCAGUUGAGCUAGAUUUGAGGAAUUACUCGAGGGAGAGGAGAAGACUUAGACCCUCUCGGAGUUUUAGUUCUGAUUGGAUUCGUGAGAAUGAAAAGGAAGGAUCCUUGACUGAAAAUGUACCUCCUUCAAGGGCUGCUGUUGCAGUUGAAAAUGAUACUUUAAACAAGGAUGCUAUCAAAAGUACUGAUACUAAUGUUCAGAAUUCGCAUCCAGAUGAGAUCUUGGCCAAAGAUGAUAAGUAUAGUGAGUCGGAGGAUGGGAUUGGAAACGGUUGCUCUCUUGGUGAUUCAAAGUCGAAGGUGACAACUUCGGCUGAAAAUAACAAUGAUAAACAGAUUGCGUUAGAUGCUGGAAAUACCGUCUUUGAGGUGUUGAAAAAUGACACAGAUAAUCAUGACAAAGAGAAGGAUACUACUAUGGAUACUUUGUCUAUUCAGCAAGUGGAAGAGAAGGGGAUCAAUUCUCCUUUAGUAGGGAGCUCUCCAAAGGGCAAUCUAUUUUUGACCAGCCAAGAGAACUAUGUCAGUGAGAUCGAGCAUGCUUCUCUGGACUCCAACAAACGUGAUUCUGUGAAUGGUUCAGAAGAGAAUUCUAGUCCCAAAUGUCUUGGUUCAACUAUUUCGGAUCAUCAACAAAAAGCUUUGGAACCUCUGUCAUUUUCGUAUGAGCCAAAUUCUAGUGGAUUGACUGAGCUCGGAAUGUGCAGUUCGAUUGGCAAAGAUAGAGUUGAAAAAAGACCUAUUGAGGAAGAAAGUAGCACCGAUGGAGCCAAAAAAGCUAAGCAACAACAAUGGCUUACUGUUGCUCAGAGUGAUGAAUACUUGCAACUUUCUGAUAUGAGCGAUGGGCAUUCUGUUUCAGCAGCCAAAAAUGCUGCUACCAUUUUUAAUGUGUCUGUUAGUCAAGAGAGCUUUACGAAUGUCUCAUUGCCUCUAAAAUUCGGUGUUCAAUCUGAUGUAAAUGAAGAGAAGCAGAUGCUUUCCAACUCAUUUAAAAUCUGUGAUCUGAAUCUCAUGGAGGGCCCUGACAUGCAUGACAAUCAUGAUGCUUCAGCUUUGUUGUAUCCGUCAAUGUCAGAUCCCAGUCGAAAUUUCCCCGUUGAUAUUGAUCUGUCCAUGAGGAAUAGUUGCAAUGUAACUAAUGAGCGCACUGACUUUGGAUCAUUACGAAAAGAUAUUGAAAUAAUCGAUCUGGAAAAUUCAUCUUUGGAGGAAUGCAAAAGGUCAAAUGAUUCAGUGAAAAAUCCAGCGGCUGGCACCACAGUCAUGGACAGCUUUCAAAAUCCGCAAAAUACUACUGAGAAUCCAGAUGGUCAGGACGGGUAUGGGAGCAUGAUCUCAGAGUUGCUUGGUAAUGAUGUCCCAAAUUGCUCUUCAGUUCAGCCUGAUAUAAAUACUUUUCACACUGACAUUAGCCUAAAUCAUGGCGAGACAACAUUCAGUGAAGAUGAUCCAAUCUACAUGUCCUUGGGAGAAAUUCCUCUAAGUAUGCCAGAUAUUUAAAUUGCUGCAGGUCUUUUACGCGGUUGGGAGUAGCCUACACAAGAGAGAAAUCCUUUCGAACUGUAGUUCAUUAAUCAACAGUUGCUGGUAGUACUGUAAUCAGGUGUAGAAAGAUCAACAUUACUACAAUAGAAUGGAGUCAAAUUUUAGGUCGAGAAUAAAAACUAUCAAGCUCAAGUUACUAAUAAACAAAAGACUCGGUUUGAACGCAACAAGAGUCUUGUCUUAUUUUACACAUUCUCGUCAAAACUUUUUCACGCGAAGGUAAAGCACUUCCCCUUCUUCCAAGAACCCUCGAAUGAUACAGACGGAGUAAAGGUUACAGAACAUGAGAUCAGAGUGGCAAUCUACAUUUUAGGAGUUUGUUGUAUCUCCUAGUCUUUUGUGAUUAUUGGUUUUCCAAUGUUGAACAAAUGGCUGAUUGUAUGUUUGAGUUUAACUGUACACUUUCUUGUCUGGGGAUUGUAUGUCAAUUGUUAAAGGUAUUGAAUUAUAAGUAGGACUGCUCUCUCCAUAUUAAUUUAUCAAAUUAUCAACUACAACUAGCUACUUUUGCUCC